UUUUUAAAUUAAUAUUUUUAUAUCCAGGAUAUUUAAGUGAACAUACCAUGCAGCGAUGGAGCGGCCUGGGCAGGAGGCUGAGCCAGCUCGCAGCUUGUCCUUCCGAAGUGGUAAGGCCCUACCAGGAAGUGCCUGGUCCUAGGCCUCUGCCCAUCAUCGGCAACACCUGGAGGUUCCUUCCUGUAGUUGGUGACAUCGAGGUCUCGGACGUGGCCGCUGUCUCCCAGAAGCUGUACGACGUCUACGGGAAGAUCGUGCGGCUCUCCGGGCUGACUGGGAGACCCGACCUGGUCUUCGUGUUCGACCCCGACGAGGCCGAGAAAGUCUACCGCGCGGAAGGAGACACCCCGUACCGGCCUUCGAUGCCAUGCAUUGUCAAGUACAAGACUGAAGUCAGGAAGGAGUUCUUCGGCGAGCUACCUGGAGUUAUUGGUGUGCAUGGAGAGCCUUGGAGAACUUUCCGAACGAGAGUACAGAAGCCGAUUCUGCAACCGAGGGUGGUCAAGCAGUACAUAGCACCUAUCCAAACUGUAACUGAAUUGUUCAUUGAAAGAAUGCUUGAGAUGAAAGAUGAAAAUGAUGAAAUGCCAGAUGAUUUUGACAAUGAAGUUCACAAGUGGUCUUUGGAAUGUAUUGGUAGGAUUGCAUUAGAUGUGAGACUAGGUUGCCUCGAUAGGAACUUACCAAACAAUUCAGAACCACAAAAGAUUAUCGACGCUGCGAAAUUCGCGUUGCGUAAGAUUGCUAUAUUAGAAUUAAAAGCGCCCUAUUGGAGGUACUUCCCGACGACUACUUGGAGGAAGUACAUUGAAAAUAUGGAUUAUUUUAGAUCGGUCUGCAUGAAAUAUAUCCAAAUGGCAUUAGAGAAUCUAAAGAAGAAAGACAAUAAGCAAGAAUUGUCACUUCUAGAAAGGAUAUUAGAAACAGAAAAAGAUCCGAAAAUCGCUUGCAUAUUGGCCCUCGAUCUGAUACUAGUUGGUAUUGAUACGAUAUCAAUGGCAGUUUGCUCAGUACUGUAUCAGCUGGCAACAAGACCCGAAGAACAGCAGAAAAUGCACGAAGAACUAGUCCGAAUAAUGCCUGACCCGAAUUGUCAGCUGACAUCAGAAAUGUUAGAUAAAAUGGUCUACCUGAAGUCCUUCAUCAAGGAGGUUUUGAGAAUGUAUUCAACAGUAAUUGGAAUAGGAAGAGUUUUACAGGAAGACACAGUACUAUGUGGAUACAGAAUACCGAGCGGUACACAACUAGUCUUUCCAUCGAUUGUGAUGGGCAGUAUAGAAGGAUACGUUAGUGAGCCACACCGGUUUCUGCCGGAGCGUUGGAUGAAAUGUGAUAGAGACAACCAUUAUAUUCAUCCUUUCGCUUCUUUACCUUAUGGUUUUGGAGCAAGGAUGUGUCUCGGAAGAAGAUUUGCUGAUUUAGAAAUGCAAAUAUUAUUAGCCAAGCUUAUUCGAACUUAUAGGAUUGAAUAUUUUCAUGAACCUUUGGAAUACAAAGUGACAUUUAUGUAUGCGCCUGACGGAAAUUUAAAAUUAAAGAUGUCCAAGAGAAAGGAGUAACAGUAUUCAAUAAUGGAACAUGCUAAAGAUAUACAUUACUGGAAUUUGACAUGGAUCAGAUUGAAGAAAAAAAUCAGUUUUUGAGGAAAACUGACAAAUUUGAAAACAAAGUUUUAAACUUCGUCAAUAACUUUUACUUUGUUUAACAGUUGUAUAAUUAUUUUUCAUGAGAUACAGCAUUGAUAAAGUCAUGGAUAUUUUAAAUUUAAUACUAAAAUAAAUAAUUUGUUAUUUUAAGACUUUUAAAACUUUAAAAGUUUGGAAUAAAGAUAUUUGUUAGUUACUUCUCCACCAUUUUCAAAGCUAUUUCAUGAUAAACAGCAUAUGUUAAAUAUUUUUAUCAUUUUUCUUGUGAAUAUUAACAUUUUGCCAAG